AUGACUGUCGGUUAUCACAUAAAUAAAUUUCGACUCUUAAAAGCUUUUCAACUUUUGGUUACAAUUAUUUGUGGUGUUCUAGAGGCAGCUGAAUUCAUUGCAUACUCAAAUUACGUUGAUAAUGUAAAUUCAUCAAAAUUAUAUAAUACUCGACUUUCAAAAUUACAAUAUUUUGAAAACACACAAAUAUCUAAAGAGUUACGUUUGGCUAUAACACCAAAUUCAAAUUUUAAUAAUGAACUUGGAGGUACUAUUGAAGAAUUUCCGGCUGUUACAAAUGAACAUGUGUAUGUUACUGAUCAUGAACCGGUAAAUAUUUAA